CUCGCGCAGUCGCAUCACGCAGAGGCGGAGGCGGGCGGGUCUCGCGGAGGCGGAGCGAGAACUGGAGGACGCAUGGAUAUUGAUGACUCUGUACAGGAUCCUGAAAAGAAGGAAUAUUCUUCUGUCCGUGUUGGCAGAGAAGAUGACAUUAAAAAAUCUGAAAGAAUGACAGCUGUUGUCCAUGAUAGAGAAGUGGUCAUUUUCUACCACAAAGGAGAAUAUCAUGCUAUGGAUAUUCGCUGCUAUCAUUCAGGAGGACCUUUACAUUUGGGAGACAUAGAGGAUUUCGAUGGACGACCAUGUAUAGUUUGCCCCUGGCAUAAAUACAAAAUUACUCUGGCAACAGGAGAAGGACUGUAUCAGUCUAUAAACCCUAAAGAUCCAUCAGCAAAACCCAAGUGGUGCUCCAAAGGAGUAAAGCAAAGGAUUCAUACAGUGACAGUGGACAAUGGGAAUAUUUAUGUGACUCUUUCUAAUGAACCUUUUAAUUGUGACUCUGAUUUCUAUAACACUGGAGACUUCAAAGUAAUUCAGAGCUCUUCAUGA